AAAAUGCGAUAAACAAUAAUGAACAUUCUACUUGCACAAUCUGUCCAAUGGCAAAACAGAAAAUGCUUCCUUUUCCAAAUACAAACCACGUGUCCAAGAAUGCUUUUGAUCUUGUUCAUUGUGACACAUGGGGACCUUUUUCUAUUCCUACCAUAGAUGGUUUUUGUUCCAGUAUAUAUUUCAAAGUUUGCUUCAACUGAUUUUGCAGAAACAUUGGAUUUGAUAUAUAAGUUUUUCUAUGGGAUUGGAACUCCUUUAGGAUUAACAGCAAAUCUUUUCAUGGCAAAUGUUAAGUGGGGUUGGAGGAUUUGUUUUGCUAUUCCAGGAGUUUUAGCUAUUCCACCCCUUCUCAUUUCCAUUUUUGCUCAUGACACCACAAUGUACUAUAUAGAGAUGAAAAACUUUAGAAAAGCAAGAAGAGAAUUUACAAGAACUAGGGGUGAUGGUUUUGAUUCUGAGUUUGAGCAACUAAAGGAGGAGAGUCAGGGAGCUUGGAGCUCAUUGGAGUAUGUCUUUAGUCGUCAAUGUCGCCCUUAUCUGGUUAUCAAUGGUGUACGGGAGAUAUGUCUGCAGUUUUCGGGAAUGUUUGCCAUCGGUUUCUUCUUACCAACUCUUCUAAUGAAAUUUAAUAUCUCCACAUCUACAUCUUAUUUUGCACCGACGGUUCUUGAAACUGUGAACUUCGUCAUGAGCUUGAUAGGUUUAUUUUUGGUUCCUAGGUUUAGAAAACAACGAGCAUUUAUAGUGGUCUUUUCAUUUGUGAUGCUCAUUGGACUCCUUUCAGUUUUGCUACUGAAGGGGCAUUAUUCUGUGUUGUAUCCUACACAUAGUGAGGCAUACAAAAUUUUUGGAUUCCUCCUUGCUUGCUCACUUGGAUAUGGAGUAACUUCAUCAAAAUGGAUUGAAGUUGAAUUCGCAAGGAGAGCUAGUUCAGUUGUUGGCCCUAUGAUGACGAGUAUAAGUUUUUCGAUUAUGUUUGUGAUGAUCUAUGCACUACUGCCGGUGAUUUACAGCAAGAAAGGAGGAUUAUUUUCCCUUUUUACAGUAAUUGUUGUCUGCAUGCUGGUCUUCAUUUAUCUCCUAGUUCCAGAGAGUUCAGAUAUUCCAAAAGAAGAGAUGAAUGAAAAAGUUUGGAGUAAACAUUGGUUUUGGCAAAGGUAUAUGGCACACGAGGAGAGCUAGCAAUUUUUUAGUGUGUGAUUUAGGGUUAAAUUUUGGUGAAUAUAUCGUGUUUUUAGAUGAUAAUUUAGAUAUAAGCCUAAUUAAGGUGUAUGUAAAUGUAAGACAAUAGACUGAAAAGCAUAUUUGGCAAAGCAAAGUUAUUGGUUUUCUCAUUUUGUUUUUAUACAAUUUCGAAAUAUGCUAAAUUAUUAUACAAUUUUUGCAAUUUUUUUUAUUAAUAAAGAAGCCUUUUUGCAAUUCUAUAUUCAAUUGAUGUGAAAUCGAUUGACAUUAAUGGCUGUACUGGUUCAUCAAAAUCCAUAUCAUGUGCUGGUGGUAUGGACCAAAAUUGGUUCUUGUGGAGCAUCAAGAACUUCAGGAUCCACCAAGGGAGGCGACGAAAGGUCUCUGGUACUGUUGGGGUUGAUAUGAUUGGUGGUGAAAAUGAAAAAAAAAAAAUGGAACUUGUGGUAGUAAUAUUGGAAACUGUGGUAAAGCUUGUGUAAAUUCAUCUAGUGGCAAAUCUGGUAGGAGAGGUGGAAGAAUUAACUCAAGUGGUAAUGGCUGAUUUACAUCAGUGUCUGGUGCAGGUGGGGUUGAAAUGAUUGGUGGUGAAAAUGAAAACAAUGGGUCUUGUGGUGGUAAUAGUGGUGUAGAAAAAGUUGGGACAAAAGGUGGAGAUAACGUAAAGCCAUCUGGUGGUAAAUCUAGUAUGGGAGGUGGGAGAAUUAAGUCUGGUGGUGGAGAAUUUGUUGUAUCUGAAGGUGUUAGCCAUGGAAAAAUAGAGUGAUCACAUUGCACUCUGUUUCAGGGAUUUGCUGGUGGG